AUGUCGGCACAAUCACACGAUCCAGCGCCGCACUUCGAGACACCUCCGACCAAACGUCGUCGAAUCAGUCUAGCUUGCAACGCCUGUCGCGUGCGCAAGUCGAGGUGUGAUGGGCAACGCCCCUCGUGCUCGUCUUGUAUAGGACUCGGUUUUGUAUGCCACUAUGAGCCCACCGACUCCGCGGCCAACGUUCUUGUUCGUAAGGAGUACCUUUCUGACCUGGAAAAUCGCGUCGCCGCCAACGAGCGAGGGCUUCAGCGGCUCGACAAUUUGUUACAAUGCCAUCUAUCCAACUGUGCCGAGAGCACACUCGACAGUACUGUGCGACAGUCUCAGCCUUCUGCUGCAUCGGGAGCGAUGUUGCCGCCGGAAGAGAGUCCCAAUCGCGCCAACGUCUUGGAGGAGCCGCAAGAUGAAGACGCACUGAUGAAUGGGAUGGCCAUGACCUUUACCGAAGAGCGUACGUCUGCUUACUUUGGAGAGUCAUCAAAUCUACACUUUACGCGGGUGCUGCUGCGUGCGACCGCGGCAUUCCACCAGUCCCAAUCGACCUCGUUGGCCCAAAUGAAGGCUGACAGAGAAUCGAUCUUGGUGGAGAGCAAUAUGGAGAGACUGUCUCAAUUUCAUUCCUCGCCUCUUACGGCUUCUUCAAAUGUUCCAGAAUCUGCACUUACCGCUCUCCCGUCUGAUGAAGUCAUGCAGAAGUUGCUCGAUGUCUAUUUCGACACUGCCGGCGUUGUGUUCCCGGUUAUCCACGAAGGUACAAUGAGACAGGCAUACGCCGAAUUCAAAGCCAAUGGCUUUACAAAGGUUCGUAGAACAUGGCUGGGCACUCUAAAUAUGAUAUUUGCAAUGGCAAGCAAGUUCCAUCAAUACGGAAACCAAGACGAAUCCGGCAAGACAAGUAUCGAUUCUUCAGAUCAUUUUUACGAACGGGCAAAGGGACUUUGCGACACAAUUGCAAAAUCAGUAAUAAGUAUCGAGAUCAUACAAUACCUCGUACUGGUCGUUGUCCAUUGCCAGGGUACACAGAGAUCUAUCCAAGCUUGGAACAUAUUCGGUCUGCUGUUGCGCUCGGCAAUUGCUCUGGGCCUUCAUAGCGACCACCACAGGAAAGACCUCGCCCCGGCUGUCCAAGAGACCUAUCGUCGCACCUGGAUGGUCAUUUAUGGCCUAGACAAGGUUCUGAGUGUGGUCUUCGGAAGACCAUGCGCGAUCAUGGAUCAGGCGGUGCUUGGUCGCCUGUCCACCCCGUUGUCGUCUCAUACGCAGCACGAUAGUCCGGGCAAUAUGGAUGAUCUACCAGGGCAGUUCCUAAAUGUGUCAUUUUCACUCUACCAGCUCAUGGGUAUUUCGCUGGUGAAGCAGUACGGCGCGAUCGCAGAGGCCAGCAACGUCGACACGGACGAACUGGCGUCACUACAGUCAAUAGAGGAACUCCGAAAGAGUCUCAAAUCGUGGGCUUCCAGCCUUCCCGCACACCUCCGGCUUUGCACGCCCCAGUCAGCAAUACUCCUCGAGAACACCCAGGCAAAUAGAUUGCGCGUCAUCCUAACUCUCAGGUACCACAACCUGAACAUGCUCAUACAUCGGCCACUGCUUAGUUCGACACUAGCACGCGCGUCUCAAGGGGGCAACAUGCACCACUGGACCUCACCAUACGUAUUCCAGCUUGCCACCGCAGGGGCCUAUGAAUGUGUGCACUCAGCGGAAAGAACCAUCGACAUUGUCCACGCAAUUGUGAGCACCGACCCCACGAGCAACAACAACUUGGGCGUGUGGUACUUCACCUUAUACUACUCAUUCACAGCGUCAUUGAUAGUCUGCGGCCGGUGGCUGUUGGCCAAACAUGGGCCGAACAGCCCCGAUGAAGACGCCAUAGCCCACUGCCAAAGCAUUCUCAGCAAAGCUCAAACAAUAUUUCAGGCGCUCAGUAACGAUGAUGCUCUGCCAGAGAGCUGUUCGAAGUACAUUAGCAACCUAUCCGACAUCUUCAACUCCCGAGGUUCGAUCGCAUCUGACGAGGCCGUCGACGAUCCACGCUCUACGGCGGGUGAAACACAAUCUGAAGACUCACCGGUCCACGUGAACAGUACCACAUUCAUGAAUGCGGAAGGGCACGAUGCGUUUGAGUUCUUGACUUCUGAGCUGUUAGAGCCUUCAGCUUUCGAAGGCUUUGGGUGGGCCAUGGAUGGUACUUUACGUGGGAUAGUCUAG